CAGGGGACUGAGACACCCGCAGAAUUGUCUUUUAGAUCGUUCGAGAGAAAAAAAAAAAAGGGUGGCGCUGUGAUUGCUCCAAAAACUCGCGUGGCUUAGAGUCAUUGACAUCAUUGAUUUUUUUUCAUGCUGUACUUAGCCAAAUGUCUCACUCCGGAUUGUAUUCUCCCAAUCGCGUUUCCACACGCGCCGAGUCUCCCUUUGCAACAGUGACAUGCCAAUUGGAGCACCAUCAGCGGGUCUUUGGAGUUGAAAGUGGAAGAAUCUCGUGAUUUCGUGUUUUGCGUUACACAGCGUUCGUGACCGGACCAUCUCACUCACCCAAUAUCUCUCAGACACAUACCUCGCCCUCACCCACUCACCCACACACACACACUCACUCGCAAUCACAAUGGCACCCGGCCCGCGCGUGAUAUACUGGUUCCGGACCGACCUCCGGCUCCACGACUCGCCCGCCCUUGCGGCAGCACUCGCCCUCGAGCCGGCCGCCCUGUGGCCCAUCUUCACCUGGGAUCCGCACUACGUGUACCGCGCCCGAGGCGGCCUGAACCGGUGGCAGUUUCUACUGGACUGCCAGAAUGACCUCUCAGGGAGCAUCACCAAGCUCAACCCAAAGUCCAAGCUCUUUGUGCUACGCGAGGGCCCGCAGACGUUGUUCCCCAAGCUCUUCAAGGCGUGGAAGGUGACGCAUCUCGUCUUUGAAAAGGACACGGACGCGUACGGCCGCGAGCGCGACGAGGUGGUCAUCAAGGCCGCCCAGGAUGCCGGGGUGGAGGUGAUUAUCAAGAGCGGGCGGACGCUGUGGGACAGCGACGCCGUGGUCGAGAAGCACGGCGGCAAGCCGACCAUGUCCAUGUCGCAGCUGCAGGCGGCUGGCGCCAAGGUCGGGCCCAUAGCGAAGCCCAUUGCCGCGCCCAAAUCGCUGCCGGACCCGGGUGAGAUGCCGGUGGAAUUUGAGCAGACGCAGCCCGAGACGAAGCCCGAUUUCAACGCGGAGAACCGGACCGAGGGCGGAGACGCGGCGUACAAGAAGAUAGCGGGGCCCAAGGGGGAUUUCGCGAUUGAGACGAUGGAGGAGCUCGGGUUCCCGUCGGCGACAACGCCUCACAAGGGCGGAGAGACGAGGGCGCUGGCGAUGCUCAAGGAGAUUCUAGCCGACAAAAAGUACACGGCCACGUUUGAGAAGCCAAAGACGAGCCCUGCGGCGUUUGAGCCGCAGUCGACGACCUUCCUGUCGCCGUUUCUGCACUUUGGGGCGCUGUCGGUGCGCGAGUUCUACUGGAGAGUGCAGGACGUCGUGACAAAGUACGGCAAGGGGGCCUCCAAGGUGCCUGAGAGCUUGCUGGGGCAAUUACUCUUCCGCGACAUGUACUUUGCGGCGCACGCGGCACUGGGCUACCAGUUCACGCAGACCGCCAACAACCCCUACUGCCGCUUCAUCCCGUGGCAUUUGCCGUCCAAGGUCGACCACGAGACGGGCCUCGUGACGGGCGAGUACCACGUCGACUCAGCGGAGGCGGACGAGUGGUUCCGGCGGUGGAAGUACGGCGUGACGGGGUUCCCAUGGAUCGACGCCCUGAUGCGGCAGCUUCGAGAGGAAGGAUGGAUCCACCACCUGGGCCGCCACUCGGUCGCCUGCUUCUUGACAAGGGGCGGUUGCUACAUUGACUGGGAGCGCGGCUGCGAAGUGUUUGAGGAGUGGCUGCUCGACCACGAGCCCGCGUGCAACGCCGGCAAUUGGCAAUGGCUGAGCUGCACGGCCUUCUUCUCGCAGUACUUUCGGUGCUACAGCCCCGUGUCGUUUGGGCAGAAAUGGGACAAGCAGGGCGCCUUUGUGCGGCGAUGGGUGCCGGAACUCAAGGACCUGGACGCCAAGUAUAUUUACGAGCCGUGGAAAGCACCGCUGCCGGACCAGAAAAAGGCCGGGGUCCGGGUGACGGGUCGUGGGGAGAAGCAGGAAAAGGGCUUGUACCCGAAGCCAAUGUUCGACUUCAACGAGAGGAGGACGGCGUGUCUAGCGGCGAUGAAGCAGGCGUACGGGGUCGGCCUCCACGGGAACGACGACAAGGUGCGGGACGGCAGCUGGCGCGAGCUCUUCGCGGGCCAGGACACGGAGAUGAUGGACGAGUUUGAGAGCGACGACGGCGAGCACGCUGACCACGGCGAGGACCACAAGACGGCGCGGCCCAAGGGAGACGAGAUCACGCCGGCGAAGCGCGGUGCCGACGAAGGGAGCGCUGAGCAGCACGCCGAAAAGAAGAAGAAAAAGUCGUAGCCCAGCGUGGUCGUAGCUGCGGGGGUUGAUGAGAAGGUGAAUGGAUCUGUAGCGUCGCAACGUUAGUAUAGUCGCACGACGAUCUAGGUGGCGGACAGUAAACUUCAAGUUGUUGGCUGCAACGAGACGAAGCUGUUUGUGACCUGCCGGCUAGCAAAUGAGAAAGAUAAUUUGCCAUGUUUAUGACCGCCGCCCAUAAUGAAGCGACCAGGGGUUCGAUUAAAGUUGUAGAUAAAACCACAACGCUGUAAUACGUGUCGUGGCAUGUGGUUGAGUGUUCCCCGGGCAAGGUCAGUAAUACGCCGCUGCGUAAAACACGCUGGAGGUGACGUCGCACCCCGGUCCUUGACUUGGCGCACGGCCC